UAUAAAACACAUUUGACGAAUCCAAAGAAAAGGCAUUUUGCCCACCCUAGUGAAGACAUUAAAACAAUGAGGCUAAUCAUAGUUCUAGAAGUUCUGUUUAUCUCAGCUUCAUCUUCUUUGGAAGGACCAGGUGAAGUCAGCGGUUCUGUUGGAACAUCAGUUACUAUAACAUGCAAGUACAAUGACAACAAUAACAAUAAAUAUUGGUGCAAGGGAUACUACAGGGUUUCAUGUGAUGUCCUUAUUCAGACUAACGGCUCUGAAGUGGUUGUGCACAGAGACAGAAUGUCUAUCAGCGACAACCAGACAAUUCAGGAAUUUACUAUAACAUUACAGAAUCUCACGAUAGAUGAUGCUGGAUGGUACUGGUGUGGAGUUAACACAGUUUCCCAGGAAGUUAUGCAUAGUGUUAAACUAACUAUAACUGAAGAACCACCAAAGACUAUGUCUUAUAUUACUCCUGAAAGUUUGACAGCAGAGCAUACAAGUGCCUGCCUGAAUAACUGCAAGGUAACCACUGAACAAAGUGUGUCAGAUAGAGCAUCCUUAAGAGAAAGUGAUCGUAACUUCAUGUUCCUUGCAGACAAGCUAGAUACCAGACCAAAGCAGAAUUCAAAAGUCUUAUAA